AUGGCAUCCAGCAUGGACUCUUCCUUUGGGAAGUUCUUCUACCUUUCCUCAUUUGCCGUGGGAUCGUUCAUCGCGAAGGCCCUCUUCGAUCAAUACGGCACUCUUCCGCUGCACCUCUUCUACUCCAGCAUUGAAGUUCAUUCCUACGACGAGGCAUACAACUACCUCAUGUACUGGCUGACGAAGCAGCGAUUCAACGAAAAGAAGCGCCACCUGAUUGCCAGCACAUCCCUCACGAGCGGUCAGCCAGAUUGGUACAACGAAAAAGCCAACGAGGAAGGGGGCGUGGACGACUUUGAUCCGGACGAUACCAUCGACGACGCCAAAUGGAGGGCGUCAUUUGCCAAUACUCGUCCGCUGUUAUGGAUGCCGUCGACCGGCACGCAUUGGUUCAAAUUCAUGGGUCGGCAUCUGGCGCUGACUCGCGAAGUGGAGGAACACAACGCCAUGAUGUACACGCGCACCGAGAAAUUGCGGAUCUCGUGUCUGGGAUGGGACGCCUCGGCCUUGAAGCAGUUGAUGCUGGAGGCCCGGGUGGAGUUCUCGCAAAAGGAAAAAGGCAAGACCGUCAUCUACCGCGGUUCGAAGAGAGCGUACGAUAAUGAAUUCACCUGGAUACGAUCGAUCUCCCGUCCCGCGAGACCGCUGUCCACGGUCUUGCUGGAGGGGGGGGAAAAGCAUGCCUUUCUGCAGGAUGUGCAGCAGUAUUUGCACCCGGCGACGAUGAGAUGGUACAGCGAUCGCGGCAUUCCGUAUCGGCGAGGUUACUUGUUCUAUGGCCCGCCGGGCACCGGUAAAUCGAGUCUCGCGUUUGCGGCGGCUGGCUUUCUCGGAUUGAAUGUGUACAUCCUGAACUUGAACUCGCAGCAGCUCACCGAAGACGCGCUCGCCCAGCUGUUCCAGGACCUGCCGCGACGAUGCCUCGUGCUUCUUGAAGACAUCGACUCUAACGAAGUCACGAAUCGUCGCACCGCGGAGACUUCAAAGAAGCGAAAGGGGAAGAGCAGUAUAUCGCUAUCGGCCUUGCUGAACAUCAUCGACGGCGUGGCCGCCCAAGAAGGCCGCGCGCUGAUCAUGACCACGAACCACCACGAACAUCUCGAUCCGGCCCUUGUCCGACCCGGUCGCGUCGACUAUCAGCUCGAGUUCAAGCUUGCCAGUCGUCAUCUCGCAAGGGAGAUGUUCCAAAAUAUCUUUAAUGAGCCACAAACAAACAUCGACAUGGACUACGAGGACAGUCGGAUUGAGAUUGUCGCGGCUACCGAGUCAAAGGAAUUUAUUGUCUGGGACUCUUCAAGUUCUUCAGCUACAGACAUCGAGGACCUUGCCAUAGCUUUCAGCGAGAAGAUACCAGAACACACGUUCUCUCCGGCUGAGAUCCAGGGCUUUCUGCUUCGGCAUAAGAGCUCUCCGGAGGACGCUGUUGCGAAUGUUGAGGCAUGGGUACGUAAGACGCUAGACGAGAAGGAGCAGCAGGGUCUUGAAGACGUGCAUGAGUCAGAGGAAGUAGAUACCAAGACAGACGAAGAUCAAGCGGAACCGCAUAGCGACGAGAACGAAUCGGAUCAAGAAUCAUCUGAAGAUGAAGAAACUGAUCAGAUCAAGAAGAUAAUCCAAUGA